AUGGCACAACACGUGGGACCAACGGCGCAUACUUUGGAAAAUGAUAACAAUUAUUAUCAAAUCAGCGAUGAAGAUCUCGAAGACUGCGACGAUCUCAACGAUGACUCUCUACUUGAAGAGGUGGUGGAGGGUGCCAAUGGUAAUAGUGUCUCUAUCGGUGGGCGCGGCCCAUAUGAACGCGCUUGGACUACAGAAGCCACACGCGCGCUCAUACACAUCCGCGGUCCAAUGCAAGGCAUGUUCACCGAAGGCCGACAAAAACGGACUGCUCUGUGGCUGCACUGCACACGACAGCUACAAAAAUUGGGCUUUCGAUAUAGUGCCGCAAAAGUACAAAAGAAGUGGCAUAAUAUACUCAUUACCUAUAGUAAAAAUCUACCCAAGAAAAAGACAAGUGGGUAUGUGCACUGGGAAUUCUUCGAGGAAAUGCACAAGUACUUGAAGGAUAAAAAAGUAGAUAUGUAUGAUUUUCAAUUACAAUCGAUACCAUGUCACAAACCGGCGGGGCAGCAACAACCCGCACCGAGUAACUUUCAACAUGCGCGGGAAAUCAAAGAAACUCCGUCUAUGGCAAAUGAGAUGAUGACGCAAUAUAGCGAUGGAAAUCAGUUAUCGCUAUUGGCUAAUAAUGCCGAAACGCAUUUGGAUAAAUCAAAUGAUGAAUUCGACGAGGAUUCGACGGUAAUGUCUGAGUUAAAACAACCAAAACUGGAAUUUAACGCAGCUGAAUUGCCGCUGGAGAUAACACAUGCGAAUGGUUAUGAGCGAGGCGGGAACAAAUGUGACAAGGCCGAGUUCCCGCUUGAGGGUAAUAUGGAACAGGAAGAGAGCCAAUGGUGGAAGGACUAUUUCGAACGGAAAUUGGAGGUGGAACGUGAAAAAAUUCAGUGCCAGAAAGAGCUGCACCGUGAACAAAUGCAAUUCCACAAAAUGUCGCUGCUACAACAGGAGAAGAUCGAACGUCUGAAAAUUGAUGCCAUCAACAGCUUGACGGCGACGCUGCAAAAGCUGGUGGAGGCGAAAAACCGGAAGGCAUAGAGAGAUGUGGGAAUCAAAGCGUGGUUACUUUUUUAUUUUUUAUUAUUGUUUUUGUUUUUUGAAAUUGAAAUAUUUAGAAUAGAAAUAGUAUAAGAACAUUUUUUUUGGAAAUGUGUACAUGUAUGUGUAUAUGAAUCUAUGUAUGUAUGUAUGUGUAUGCAUAUU